GGAGAGGAGGAGGCCUUUGCUGCAGAGGGACUGCGGCUGAAGAGCGCAGCGCACCUUAGAGCUGAGCAUCAGAGAGCAAAGCUCAGACUCAGAAGGCAACAUGGACAAAGUAAACCUCAUUCUGCUCACUGUCUUCAUUAUUGCAGCAGUAUCCUGUAACUAUGGCUAUGCACUACGAUGUUAUAACUGUGAGCAAAGCCCCUUCCUGUGCAGGAUGAAUGUCACCUGCCGUGAGGAUGAAGAUACCUGCUUGCAAAUCAGAUUUCUAAAUUUGAGAACCUAUAGCUGUUGGAAGACAUCACGAUGCACUACGCGUGAGGUUGCUGAACACUUUAAUGCUGACAGUUUUAGAUUCCUUUGCUGCUACAGAGAUUUCUGCAACAAGGCUCCAAAUACCUUGUUCAGUACAGCUCCCCUUGGUAUUUCAGCAGUAGCUGCAAUUUGGAUGAAGUACCUGUAAUAUGGAGAUUAAAAGAAAUGUGUUCUCUGUAUAGCACAUUCACCCAUCCACACUUUUGACUUGGUAUGUCUUCUGCAAUUAUUUGGAGAAGGAUCACAUUGUCUUCAAAAAGAAAAAGGUAAAGAUAUAUUAGAGACCAAGAGAAUGAAGACUGGCACAUUAAGUCCCUCUUUUUCAAUAAGCAACAUGCAACUUUUUAAAUACCCCAGUAAACUAGAAUAUGCAAUCUUAAGAGCUUAUUGUCUACCAAAUAUUUUUAGGUAGUGUUA